UCUGUAACUUGUACAUGAAUUUAAUACAACCUACCCUGUUUUGUACAGCAUACCUGGAUAAAACUGUAGUCUUGCCUUUGAGUAAAUACUGUACUAGUACUACACCAGCUGAGCGAGUAUGACUGACUGGUAAAACUCUAGACUUGGGAACAUCUUUCAGUGCGCGCACAUGUGCACAUCAGCCACUUAUUAGCAAUCCAAAAAUAGGCAAAGUACUUCGUAAACAGCUGGUUCCUGUUGCAGAGCAAUAGACACAGAAUACAAGUGAGUGCACCUAUUCCAUAGGUACAUAGAACAAGACUGGGGAGCCCUCCCAUAUUUCUCCUCGCUAACCAAUAACCGUCUGGCUCAACUGUUAUUUUGGAACCUGCCGAGAGCAGAGUAGCAGCAUUGCAUGUACGUCCUGGAAGCAGCAAAGACAGCUCGAGCAGGCAACGCAGAGAGGGCAGGCCUGCAGAAGAUGACGGAAUACAAGCUUGUGGUUGUUGGAGCUGGUGGCGUAGGCAAGAGUGCGUUGACGAUACAGCUAAUUCAGAAUCAUUUUGUAGAUGAAUACGAUCCGACAAUAGAGGAUUCGUACAGGAAACAAGUAGUCAUCGAUGGAGAAACUUGCCUCUUGGAUAUUCUGGAUACAGCUGGUCAAGAAGAGUAUAGCGCAAUGCGGGACCAAUACAUGAGGACGGGAGAGGGCUUUUUAUGUGUAUUUGCUAUAAAUAACACCAAAUCUUUUGAAGAUAUUCACCAUUAUAGGGAACAAAUAAAAAGAGUGAAAGAUUCGGAAGAUGUCCCCAUGGUGCUAGUAGGAAACAAAUGUGAUUUGCCUUCCAGAACUGUAGACACAAAACAAGCUCAGGACUUAGCAAGAAGUUACGGAAUCCCUUUCAUCGAAACUUCGGCAAAAACGAGACAGAGAGUGGAGGAUGCUUUUUAUACCCUGGUGCGAGAGAUCCGUCAGUACAGAGUGAGAAAAAUCAGCAAAGAAGAAAAGACUCCCGGGUGCGUGACAAUUAAAAAAUGCCUUUUAAUGGGUGUUGACGACGCCUUCUACACGUUAGUUCGGGAAAUCCGAAAGCACAAAGAAAAGAUGAGCAAAGAUGGGAAAAAGAAGAAAAAGAAGUCAAGGACAAAGUGUACAAUUAUGUAAAUGCAAUUUACCCUUUCUCCUGAAGGUGUACGUCAGUAAAUGUCAUUCAUUUUUUGUACCAUUACACUAAAUUAUUAGCA